CUGUCAAACUGUCGACAUUCAUGGGUUAAUAAUUUGUCAUUUCUUCUCAUGCUGCUGAUGGCAACAGUGCGCGAAAUAUCCAGUUAUGUACACUCGAGGAUACCCUACCGAACUCAACUCUUGCAACUUUGCGCCCACUGAUUUUCUUUUGAGUUUUCAUCUGAAUAUCUGUCAGUUAUAAAUUAUACUUCAACUUAUUUUAGGUAAUUUUUUCAUAGGUUACAAAACGAUUAAAAUAAAGUGGAGGGAGGGGAACGAGUCGACUGCCCCUUGCAAAACUAACUUGUGUAAUAUGUGAGGCUUGUACUCCUACCGCGCGCUGUGUAUACGCACUGGAUCUCUCUAACUGACUGGCAACGUGAGACCACUGGCAACAUAAAGUUUUUCAUCUCGGAGACAAAAGUAUAUGACCAUGGGGAAAGUGGAUUUAAAAAUCCGUUGUAUUUUGUUUUUCAUCAUCAUCUCAGUCCAGCGGGGAUUUUCAGAGGAAUUUGGAGCACGCCAGGGUGCAAAAGGCAUACUUUUACAGAGAGUGAGACGCCAGAGCAAAGCAGCUAAAUCUGUGCUGAAGGUGACAGACUACCAUGUGAGGUGUUCUGUCGUGUCUCGCUAUGCCCACACCACAAUCCAAAGCUCUGUGUGGAACCAGCUACCUGUCACCAAGGAGGCAGCCUUUGAGGUGGACCUGCCCUCUGCUGCAUUCAUCUCCAACUUCACCAUCACCUCCAAUGACAAAGUGUACGUCGCCCAGGUGAAGGAGAGGAGUGUCGCCAGGAAGAUGUAUGACGCAGCCAAGAAACAAGGAAAAACAGCUGGACUUGUUGCCACCAAAGAGAGGGAGAUCGAGAAGUUCCGCGUGGCGGUGAGUGUUCCCUCGGGGACCCGGAUGUCCUUCUCUCUGUCCUACGAGGAGCUGCUGCCCCGCAGGUUGGGUCGCUAUGAACUGACCCUGGGUCUGAGGCCUGGAGGACUGGUCACUAACCUUACCCUGGACGUCAGUAUUGCAGAAAGGACAGGACUCAGCUUCAUCAAGGUCCUCCCGCUGAAGACCAGUCGACUGCUCUCCAACACUGUCACAGGUGAGUCUGAGGCUCCAGCCUCCACCCAGGUCCAGCAGAACCCUCGUUGUGCUCGUGUGCACUACAGCCCCAGCCUGCAGCAGCAGAGCAGUGCCUCUUCUAAGGGACUCAACGCUGACUACAUCAUCCAGUACGAUGUAGAACUCAGUGACCUCAUUGGGGACAUACAGGUGUUUGAUGGAUACUUUGUCCACUACUUUGCACCUCGGGGGCUUCCUGUUGUCCCGAAGGAUGUCAUCUUUGUCAUUGAUGUCAGUGGCUCCAUGAUUGGCACCAAGAUCAAACAGACAAAGCAGGCGAUGUCCACUAUCCUGGGGGACCUGCGUGAGGAGGACCACUUCAACAUCAUCACUUUCUCAGAUAAGGUCCACACAUGGAGGAAGGGUCGCACAGUGAGGGCCACGCGGAUUAACAUACGAGACGCUAAGGACUUUGUCAAGAGGAUCAUCGCUGAAGGAUGGACCAACAUCAAUGCAGCCCUCCUCUCAGCCGCCCAGCUGGUCAACCCUCCCUCCUCCUCCGGUGGUACCCGCCGGGUCCCUCUGGUCAUCUUCCUGACGGACGGUGAGGCUACCAUCGGCGUGACAUCCGGUGACUUCAUCUUGAGCAACGCUAAGAGUGCCCUGGGGGCCACCUCUCUGUUCGGCCUGGCUUUCGGUGACGACGCCGACUUCCCUUUGCUACGGCGCCUGGCACUGGACAACCGCGGUGUAGCGAGGAUGGUGUACGAGGAUGCGGACGCCGCACUCCAGCUGAAGGGAUUCUAUGAUGAGGUGGCCAGCCCGCUACUGUCAGACAUCCAGCUGACCUACAUGGACGACCAGGCCUUUGACGUCACACGCUCACUCUUCCCUAACUACUUCCAGGGCUCCGAGCUGGUGGUCACUGGGAAGGUCAAGCCAGGGGUCAGGGACCUGAAGGUGUCCCUGACGGCCAGUGGCUCCAAGCAGAAGGUGAAGGUGGAGAAUGAGGUGUUUGUGUCUAAUGGAGAGGGGAAUAGGACAGUGCUCUCUAUGGGCUGCCCUGGGGGCAUGGAUGGGAUCCCCAGCUUUGUACGGCGUCUCUGGGCUUAUUUCACUAUCAAAGAGCUGCUGCUGGCCAAACUGAACACCACUGACCCUAACAUACAGAAACUGCUGGGAGAGAAGGCCACCAACCUCUCCCUCAAGUACAACUUUGUCACUCCUGUUACUUCCCUCGUUAUAGUUAAGCCUGAUGCCGAUGAAAUUCCUACCUCAGCGUCAACUACAACGGUUCGACCCACCACCACCACAGGUACUACAACAACCACAGUAGCCCACACACCUGCCACCAACAUAGCCUCCUCAAUCCCUGUGAAAAAGCCCAGGAUGAUCAAAGCUAAACCAGACCCUCUUGUCACAAAUCCUCCACCUCUCCAACCACCUCAACCCAGAAAGGGCUCCACCCCACCAACAAAACCCAACCCAGUGAAAACAGUGGCUCCACCAUCCCCCAAGAAAACCACUACAACUACCACCCCCAGCCCCAGUGCUGUCAAAACCGUCCCUGUCCCUCUCUCAGGGAAAAUCCCUACCCCUCCUCCCAGCUCUCCUAAAACUGCUCCUGCCCCUCCUGCCAGAAUAGUCAGUACCCCCCUGCCUAACUUGCUCAAAUCAGCCACCGCUCCUGCACCUGGGAAACCCACCACCACAACCCCUCCACCCACCACAGUGAAGACCAUCCCUACAACCACCACCACUACCACCCAACGCAAAACAGUAAAGACUACAGUCCCUACAACUGUGAAAACCACUACCUCCACUACCACCACCACCUCAGUCAGAGCCGACCCAACCCCUGCUCCACAGCCUGGGAAACCCACUACGCCCCUGCCCAUCUCUGUUAGAACAACCCUCCCGCCAGUUAGAAUAUCCCUCUCAUCCCGCUCAUCCUUCUCUUCCUCAGAAAACGCCACCAUGUCUGCCGCUGAUGCCAACCAACCUCAGGUCACCACACACCUAUACAGUCUUAAGUAUGUCCCCCCUACUCCAGCUCCACAUGGCAGUAACACAGACACAGACCCAGAUGUGGACCAGAUUGCCACCUUUGUCUCUGCCACGUUUUCCCCCAUGCCAGGCGUUACAGACGGACCGAAACUGUGGGAGGCUGCAGGACUAUUGGAUGUCUCUACUUCCAUUCAGCUCCAGAGAAAAGAUAUGGAGGUGGUUAAAGAUUAUGAUGCAACCUACGACAAUGACCUUGACUAUGACUCCUGGGAUGAAUCAGCAUCAAAUCCUUGGCCGGCCCCCGCCUCCAGACUGAGCUCUGUCAGAGUCUUCUCUUCUUCUGUUGAUGGAGACCCUCACUUUGUGGUCCAGCUCCCUAAACUGAAACAGAAUCUGUGUUUCACGGUGGACGGCAGGGCCAACGAUGUACUGAGACUGCUGAAAGACUCCGAGAGAGGUAUCACGGUGGAUGGUCAUUUGAUGUGGGCUCCAUCCAAACAAGACGUCGAAGACCGUUCCCGUACAUACUUUGACCAGAUAACCAUCUCCACCAGGGGCGGGACAGGUGUGCUGGGCGCCAUAAUGAUCACCCUCUCAUUGGAUGCUGUGGUGGUGGAGGGGGAGGGGCGGGACACCCUACACACCAAUCAGGAGGGAUCUGUGACAAGGCAGGGUGUGAUGGUUUCCAUGGAAAGCAGAGAUGACUUCCAUCAGAGCUGUUGGAUCGAGCUGACGAAGGACAUUCGUUUCCUGGUUCUCUUCCACCACUACAGACACCCCAGCUACCUGCAGAUGGCACACCUCGGAUUCUACAUCACUGACGGACAGGGCCUCUCUCUUUCAACCAAAGGCCUACUGGGCCAGUUCCAGCAUGCUGACAUGCGUGUCACGCUGAUGAAGGACCCUCGUGACACACUGCGUCGGCCCAGUAAAGAGGGGGUGCUGAGGUGGGGGGUGAUACACAUGCCCGUCACCCUACAGGACAAGACCCUGAAGGACACAGUGAGGAAAGGUCACCUGGGAAGUUGUUGGGUCGUGCCCAAGGCGCAGGUGGAGAGACUGCUGGGGCAUCCCUACCAGAGCUAUGUGGUGGAUCACCUGUAAAUACUCACUGGCUCUUUUCAAAUCCAACACCCAUCCUAGCACUCUAGUUAGAAUACUAUACAUGCCUAAUGCAUUGCUUUAUAUUAAGUGGUUUGGAGAUUGGAACCGAGACACUCAUCUAGCUAUCCCCUUCACCUCAAAGCUGGGUAGCUCAGGCCAUUGGAAACUCUGUAAGGACAAACAGCACUGGGACAAAGGGUGCUGCUGGCUAGCCUUCAAUACCAAUGUCACAUAGUGAGUUAUUACUCUCUGAGAGCACCGGUGGCAGUGUGCAUGAAUGCAUAUUCAUGUUUAUGAGAGGAAAAAGAGAGCCAAUUACGAGACAGAGAAAAGAGAGGGCAAAAGAGAACAAGAGACAGAUGCAAAAGAGAAAAUGUGAGAGACCGAUACAAAGAGAAAAAUAGUGAGAGACCGAGGGAGAGUCCAGUAAGUAUGAGGAGGUAAUUCACACAGGUGUCAGACAUGAAUAAAUAAAGGAUAUGGGAUGAUGUCAUUGCACCACUCCUUUCUGAAACAACAAUAGUGACAGACUUCUCCUUCUGCAGUUAACAUUGCAACAGUAAGAUCUUAAUUUUCUGUAUACUUCGGCAGACAAAUGCUGCUUGAUCUUCACAUACAGCUCAUUCCAAUCUCUCCUUCACGCAAAUCAUGUUUCAUAAGUACUUUUAUAAUUCCAAUGUUAUAACAAAUAUAUUAGAUGAUUUGAGCAAUGUGGAAUUAUUUUAAGUGUCAGGGUUGUGUAUAUACAGUAUGCAUAUUCCUAAAAUGACUAAAUAUUAUAAAUUGUCUAUGGAA